CGCUCGGCCAAUCACAAGUUCGCAAUCCCGGGACUCUCGCGAGCUGGUUAGCUCGUCCGCGUACUGUACCGCUCAACAUUUCUUGAGAAAUUCUUGCGACAGGACGGCUAGCAGGCAGUAGAAAGAGAGGCUAAAGCUGCCCAUUUGACCGUCAGGGUUGGGCCACCCUACCCACCUCACCCAGCCAUGCCUCUGGUGACGAGGAACAUCGAGCCGCGGCAUGUGUGUCGCCAGACCAUCCCUUCUAACAUUCGCAGCGAGCUGGAAUGUGUCACCAAUAUCAGCCUGGCCAACAUCAUCCGCCAGCUCGGCAGCCUGAGCAAGUAUGCAGAGGACGUGUUCGGGGAGCUGUUUAUCCAGGCCGGAGAGUUUGCCUUGAGAGUGAGCACGCUGGGAGAGAGAGUGGACCGUUUGCAGGUUAAAGUCACGCAGCUGGACCCCAAAGAAGAGGAGGUCUCCCUGCAGGGGAUCACUACUCGCAAGGCCUUCCGCAGCAGCAUGACCCAGGACCAGCAGAUGUUCACCAGGCCGUCCCUGCCGAUGCCCGUGCAAGACACCUACACGACCUGCGAUCCGCCUCCGCCGCUCAACCAGCUCAGCCAAUACCGGGAUGAUGGAAAGGAGGCCCUGAAGUUUUACACGGAUCCCUCCUACUUCUUUGACCUGUGGAAGGAGAAGAUGCUGCAGGACACCAAGGACAUCAUGAAGGAGAAACGCAAGCACAGAAAGGAGAAGAAAGACCAUCUGAACCCACGGACGCUCAAUCCCCGGAAGAUCAAGACCAGGAAGGAGGAAUGGGAGCGGCGUAAGAUGGGAGAGGAGUUCGUCGUACCUAAGAAUGAACUGAUGAAUUCCUCCGAGGGUCUGAAUGGCAGUAUUGGAUCUGGGGAGGGCUUCAAUUCUGAAAGCCUGGACCAGAGCACCGGCUCCUAUGCUUAUGACCCCACCUCCCCUCUCCCUCCGCCUGGCCCCGAUGCCCCCUUGCCUCCUCCACCCCCAGACAUGGGAUAUAAUGAUGCACAGUAUGGCGCCCCGGCCCAGAAGCGUGUCAGCGUGUUGAGUCCGAACCAUCCACCUCCCGCUCCGCCCGUGGCCUCUUCCCAACCCAACUCCCGUCCAAACCUCUCCCCUCCUCCUGCACCUCCUCCCCCUCCCCCACCCUCCGGUUUCGGGGUCCCCCCACCUCCCCCCGGCUUUGACGCCCCACCUUCUCCUCCUCCAAUGUCCUCCUCUACCAAUGCCUACCCCUCUCCUCCUGCUCCUCCUCCUCCACCUGAUAUGUCCGCUGUCCCUCCUCCACCGCCGCCACCCAUGUCCGGCGGCGGUGGCCCACCGCCUCCUCCGCCACCACCGCCUCCCCCUGGCCCGCCUCCCCCGUCCCUCGACCGUCCUGCUCCCUCUGGUGGCGGGGUGGCGCACACUUCUGCUCCCAAACCGCAGCCAGAGCCCGUCAGUGACGGCCGCAGUGACCUGCUGCAGGCCAUCCGGCAAGGUUUCAACCUGCGGAAGGUCGAAGCUCAGCGGGAGCAGGAGAAGAGGGAUCACUUUGGCAACGAUGUGGCCGCCAUCCUGUCACGCCGUAUCGCCGUGGAGUGCAGCGACAGCGAGGACGACUCUUCAGAGUUGGAUGACGACGAGUGGUCCGAUUGACCGCCAUCUUUUCCCGCCUUCACUACCACCUUUGUGUUUUCCCUCAGCCUUGAACAACUUCUGUGCAUUUCCAUUCAGAUUACAAGUACAAACGGAGCAGAGGUCGGUGUGUUUUUGUGUGUUAGUUAGUUAGUUAGUUAGUCAGUUAGGGUGUGUGCACGCAUACUAGUACGUACUUGUGAUCUUUUCCAAAUCACAUUCCUUGAACCCGUUUAUUUCCAUUUAUGUUAAAAUAUUCCUAUCAGGCGGAGAAGUCCAAAGAUUGAGAACGAGCGUGCGUGCGCCCGGUUGUGUCCCAAUUUGCUCUCGCUGGAUGACACACGGCUGUUAGCGCGAGGGUUAUGUGAUGUGACGCACAUCGCUCUGCUGAGCAUGUGCAUGAAUGCAUCACCUCCAUCUUUAUCUACGUGUCUAUUAUAAUCAGGUGUCAUUUGCUGCAGACACAGAAGUCUAGUUUCAUCUGCUGUAGUACAUCAAGGCAACAGAUAAUAGGGACGAAAUUCAUACACGCGCACACACAGACAUACAACCUCCUCACUUCAAUAGUUGUAUGUACUCAUUCUGCUGACUGUAAAACAAACGUUCAUAGAUUAUGUAAUAUAGAUGUAAAGGUUUUAUUACAUCUCAAACUGUGUCUACUAAACAGAAGUACACUACCGGUUAAAGUUUGGACACACUUUCUCAAUGAGUUGGAUGAGAAGGUGUGUCCUAACUUUAGUCUGGUGGUACAAUGCAAUCACUUUAAGUCCCAUAUAUUUUACCUCCUUUCACUUUCGUUUUCCUCUUUCUUGUUAUGGGAACAAUUGACUUGUGGUUGUAGCUCAUAAACAAACUCAUUAAUUAAUUAUUCAGUGUGACAGGGGGAGAGGUAUUGUCUCAUGUCAGACAUGGGGUGUGUGUUGAGAUUGCCAUACUGAACACAUUUAUCAUGAUUUAUUUUGUAAUGUGUUGUAGUUGUAUCUGUUUAUUCCUGCAGUUGUAUUUUAAACUUUUCCAGGAGUAAACCGGGCUACGUUGCUCCAGUCUCGGUGCUCUCAGGCCGCAUUUUUGCCUUACUUCACUGCCUGAUAAGUGCCUUAUUUUAUUAUUUUUUUUGUUUUGUUUUUACUACACUUCACUGUAUGUGCAUUGAUCUGAUUAGCCACACUGAGCAGCUCAUUAACAGCUGUCACUGGUGAGUCAAACGUACACCAGACCGGUGUUUUAGUGUGGAUCACAAAUUUUCAAGUGCCUUUUAUUUUAAGCCUGCCUGUGUUAAAGCACAAUCACACAGCAUGCUUAGCCAAAGUUUCCUCUGCUUCUCCUGCCUUAAAUUUCUAAAUGAUUAUAUUAUUUCAAUAAAGAUGAAAGUGAAUUUCA